ACGCGCCUGAUAGGUCGCGCGCAGCAGGAAGUGUUCUCUCCUCACGUUCAUAAGCGACGACCUCCAAAAGAAGCGCUGCGAUUUUACCGCUCACCGUGUCAGCAUCCCUCAUCCGUGUCCCGGGGCCGUGUCUCCGUUAUUUACGAACAUUCCCGCUGCGUUUGAGAGCGUUUGCGUGCAGACCGCGCGAUAUGGCCGCGUAUAAGCUGGUGCUGAUCCGCCACGGCGAGAGCUGCUGGAACCAGGAGAACCGAUUCUGCGGCUGGUUCGACGCCGAUCUGAGCGAAACCGGAGAGGAGGAGGCCCGGAGGGGCGGACAGGCCCUGAAAGAUGCGGGUUAUGAGUUUGACAUCUGCUACACGUCAGUGCUGAAGCGAGCGAUCCGGACGCUGUGGCUGGUGCUGGACGGCAUCGAUCAGAUGUGGCUGCCCGUGCACCGCACCUGGCGUCUGAACGAGCGCCACUACGGCGGGCUCACGGGGCUCAACAAGGCCGAGACGGCAGCCAAACACGGCGAGGCGCAGGUGAAGAUCUGGAGGCGCUCCUAUGACAUCCCACCGCCACCCAUGGACCCCGACCACGACUUCUACACUGCCAUCAGCAAGGACCGUCGUUACGGAGACCUGACGGAGGACCAGCUACCCUCGUGUGAGAGCCUGAAGGACACUAUCGCUCGAGCUCUGCCCUUCUGGAACGAGGAAAUCGUUCCUCAAAUCAAGGAGGGGAAGAGGGUUCUCAUCGCUGCCCACGGCAACAGCCUGAGAGGAAUCGUCAAACACCUGGAGGGUAUGUCAGAGGAGGCGAUUAUGGAGCUGAACCUUCCCACGGGAAUUCCCAUCCUUUAUGAGCUGGACAAGAACCUGAAGCCCGUGAAGCCCAUGCAGUUCCUGGGAGAUGAAGAGACUGUCCGCAAAGCCAUGGAGGCCGUCGCUGCUCAGGGCAAAGCCAAGAAGUAGGCCGAGAUGUCCUGUAUUCGGUCUCUUAUUUUCCACAAUCCUCCUCAAAAAUGCAAUCAGUGUUUUACCGUGAGACUAGAACCAAACCAGUGACCAAUCAUUUCUUUCCUUAAGCUCGGGACCAUGCUACUAAAACUCAAAUUUUACCGCUUGAAUAUGUGUGUAUAUGCCGUCAAACUGAGCCACAGUUUGUUUAGGAGGGAUUUUAGCUUUAUAUAGUCUCGGCACUGAAAAUCCACGACUGCACAUUUCAAAAGAUGGCACAUAUGUUUGUCUGUGAUGGCAUCGCUUUGACAACUGUUGCCUGGCAACAGCAUAUAUUAAUAAUGAUCGGGUGGGCUGCAGAAGUGGUGCGUUUUCCCAUCUUCCUGUGAUUCAUGCUUUGUACCGCUGCUCUAUAUCUCUGCUCUCCCACACAGACAUGCUCCGGAAAUAUCCCACACGAGAAGAUCUCUGUAACGUGGCUCGGUUUUAGGAUUCUCCUACAUCAAGAGUAAAUAUGUUUUUGGUGGUGAUUAAAAGCAGAUUAUAUUCCUGUGGGCAUUUUUGGAGAUGUUUAUGGUCAUUUUUUGUCACUUUUUAUGUGGUAAAUGUCACUGAAUGUAAAAUCCUGCUGAUGUCCAUGUCAAGUAUAAUGCAUUUUGACCCUGCAAACAUUCACCAUGAUGGAUAUAUUGAACGUUUUGCCCUAGAAAAUAAAUGCUCAUUGUCUGUUCCUUUAUAUUUCGCUUGUGCAACAGAUGUUGAAAUUAUUUCGCUCGACUGAAAGACAGAUUUCUAUGUACACUUGUGUGAGUUAAUGUGCAAUCCCUAAUAAAUGUCAGCUUACUGAGCA